AUGGCUUUUCCUGAAUCGGUAUCAAGGCUGCCGGUUAGUAAUGAACUACAUGUUAAUUUGGAGAAUGAUUUUAAGACUGAUUCAUCAUCCUCUACCUUUGCUCUUCAAAGUUCUUCAGAGACAAUGUUUUCUAUUCAGCUGUUACAUUUCAAAACAAGUUUACUGGAAGCAUUAGAAGAGUUACGUAUGAGAAGGGAAGCAGAAACUCAAUAUGAAGAGCAGAUUAGUAAAAUUAUUGCAGAGACACAGGAACUUAAAUGGCAAAAGGAAACUCUUCAGAAUCAAAAGGAAACAUUAGCAAAGCAACACAAAGAAGCAAUGGCAGCUUUUAAAAAGCAGUUGCAAAUGAAGAUGUGUGCUUUGGAAGAAGAAAAGGGAAAAUAUCAACUUGCUGCAGAAAUAAAAGAAAAAGAAAUAGAAGGAUUGAAGGAAACAUUAAAAGCAUUACAGGUUUCUAAAUAUUCUUUACAGAAGAAAAUAAGUGAAAUGGAACAAAAAGUCCAGUUACAUCUUCUGGCUAAAGAAGAUCAUCAGAAGCAACUGAACGAAAUUGAGAAAUAUUAUGGCACAAUAACAGGUCAAUUUGGAUUGGUAAAAGAGAAUCAUGAAAAGUUAGAACAAAAUGUACAGGAAGCAAUACAGUUAAACAAAAGACUUUCGGCUUUAAAUAAAAAACAAGAAUCUGAAAUAUGCAGUUUAAAAAAGGAACUAAAAAAAGUUACCUCAGACUUGAUAAAGUCCAAGGUCACAUGUCAACAUAAGAUGGGAGAAGAAAACAUCCAUUUAACAAUUAAAGAACAAAAAUUUCAAGAACUUCAAGAAAGACUUAACAUGGAGUUGGAAUUAAAUAAGAAGAUUAAUGAAGAGAUCGCACAUGUUCAAGAAGAAAAAAAGGGUAUCAUCAUUUCUUUCCAACAUAUGCAACAGUUACUUCAGCAUCAAACUCAAGUUAGUACUGAACUGGAAGCAAAGUUGAAGAUGUUAAAAGAAAAUAAUCAGACCCUUGAAAGAGAUAAUGAGCUGCAAAGGGAGAAGGUAAAAGAAAAUGAAGAAAAGUUCCUUAAUCUUCGAAAUGAGCAUGAGAAAGCACUGGGAACUUGGAAAAAGCAUGUUGAAGAACUUAAUGGAGAAAUUAAUGAAAUUAAAAAUGAGUUAUCAUCACUUAAUGAAACUCAUAUUAAGCUACAAGAACAUUACAAUGAAUUGUGUGAUCAGAAGAAGCUUGAGGAAGACAAGAAGUUUCAGAAUAUUCCAGAAGUAAAUACUAAAACCAGUGAACUGUCAAUGGAAAAAUCAGAAAACAUCAUCAUACAGAAAUACAACUCUGGGCAAGAAAUAAAGAAAGAUACUUUGAGUUUUCAUUCAGAUACUAACUAUAGAGAAAAGGAGAAAAAAGAAGGCCCGUUUAUAGAAGGCGGCAUUAUAGAAGAUUUACAGCUCUUAGAAAAAAACACCAAGAAUGAAAUUGAUCCUGCUAUAUCUCAGGCUGAAAAUCAGAGUGAAACCUCCCUAAGCAAAACCCUCAGCACAGAAAAAGAACUAAUUAGCCAAGGACAAACCUUGAAUGUUACUGACUUCAGAAAAGCAGUUACUUCAGAAAUAAAAGACAAGGUGGGUUCGGGAAAAGACAAUGGAUGUACAGAAUUUAAAUCACCAAACGGUUCUUUUUUAGUGGCAGACAGAUCAACAGAAACAGGAAAGAUACACUUAGGAAGCACUGAAGGGCUCCAUCUUCACCAUGCAGAUGUCCAUCCGGAGGUUGAAAAUACCAGACCAUCUAACACUACCUUAAGUGAGACGGCUUACCAGACAAAUCAAAAGAAAGAUGUUUCUGAAGAUGAACCAUUCAAACGAUUCAGAUUGCUUCCAGGGAUUCAAGAAAAUGCCACAGACAAGGAAAUUACAAAAACUGACCAAACCAAACCAGAUCUGGGUGCAUCUCUAAAUAUAAACAAGAAUGCUGUUCAGUGUCAGAAAUACAGUUUACAGGAGUCAAGUAAUGAUAAGCAAUGUAAAACAAACCAAAUGCAACUGUUAAAUAAAAAUAGUGAGUGCAGCGUAUCGCCAUUUAAACAAACUUCAGUUUUGCAGCAAAUCUGUAAUGAUCCUUCAGAGAAACCUGAACUAACAAUUCCCUCUGAUACAGCAGCUAACCAUCCCAUUUCAUCGGCUGCUGUCAGUGAGAAUUUGAAAGUACUUCUUAAGAAUUCAGAUAAAAAUGUUAAUAUUAUGCCUAUGUUGAUGAAACCCAAUUCAAGCCCUGGUGAAGGAACUAUAUGGAAAAAUCUGAAUGAGAUGCACACUAGUCAACUGAAGAACUGUUUGGGAUAUUUAGAAAACAGUGCGACCACCUCCCAUCUUCAGGUUAAAAAUGAAAAUAUACAUACUUCGGAAGUCAAAGACAUGAAAACUGCUGUUCCUACGCAAACUUCCACAGAAAUACAGUUUUCUAAUAAAGAGAGUCAGAUUGAUGAGAAUCAGAUAACUGACGCCACAAAAAAUGACCUUUUCCUUUCUGUGAAUGUCAAUGAAAGACAGCAUUCAUUGUUAAAUACAGAGAAAACAGAGUCAUUAAACAAAAUCGUUUCAGGAAAAAUUUACAGUGAAGGACAGCUGGAAGAAUCAUGUUCAUUUCACAUAAAGCCAUCUGGAGAUUUAGUAAACAGAAGUGGAAGGUCAGCCUUUGAUCUUUCAACUUCAGAUAAAAAAACUGAGAAAAUUCCAGUAUAUGUGAAUUUCUUAGACCCCAAUCCUUGGUCAAAAGUAAAUCAGACUGAAAGUCAAACACUGAGCACUUCUACUUCUAGCAUUCCUUUGUUGAAGGAGAGACCAAUAGGCCCAUCAGAAAACAAAAAUAUCGUUUCAGUAACACUUUGUAAAAACGAUGAUGAUAUCAGGAAGGAUACUGGACCAGAUACUACCAGCGUUAACAGAGUUGCUGACACUUUGAAUAACUCGAGUAUCCAUCCAGAUCCCAAGGGAGAGCCCAGUGAAGAGAGGAAUGCAACUGCAAAGACUUUUUACGAUUCUUCUUUUCCCACAGAACACGUAAGUCAAUUAAAAAUAUAGCC